AUGGCUGCCACGCUGCCUCCUGCUAUUGAGCAGCGAGAUGAGAAGCCCCUCGACCUCCCCGAGGCCCUGUCAGCCCUGGACCCUCCAUUCAGCCAGGCCCAAACCCCUGCGGAUCUCCCAGCCUGUCCUGGAGCCUUCCUCUCUGCUAGCCUUGGGGUAUUUGCCCCCUCAGAGACCUACACACUGCCCAUGACCAGCUCCAGCUGGGAGCCCCAGCCAGACUCCAUGUUACCAUCAGGCCCUUCCACUGGUUCCACAGGGGCCCCAGCGGUGGCUGAGCCCACGGUGCAGGGCCCCAAGAACCCACAUGUGUCCAGUGUGACGGUUCAGCUGGAGAUGAAGGCUCUGUGGGAAGAGUUCAACCAGCUGGGCACAGAGAUGAUCGUCACCAAGGCGGGCAGGAGGAUGUUCCCCACCUUCCAGGUGAAGAUACUGGGCAUGGACUCGCUGGCUGACUACGCCCUGCUCAUGGAUUUCGUGCCUUUGGACGACAAGAGAUACAGGUACGCCUUCCACAGCUCUGCCUGGCUGGUGGCAGGCAAGGCGGACCCGGCCACGCCUGGCCGUGUGCACUUCCACCCCGACUCGCCAGCCAAGGGCGCGCAGUGGAUGCGUCAGAUCGUGUCCUUCGACAAGCUCAAGCUGACCAACAACCUGCUGGAUGAAAACGGCCACAUCAUCCUCAACUCCAUGCACCGCUACCAGCCGCGCUUCCACGUGGUCUUCGUGGAUCCGCGCAAAGACAGCGAGCGCUACGCCCAGGAGAACUUCAAGUCCUUCAUCUUCGCGGAGACCCAGUUCACGGCUGUGACAGCAUAUCAGAACCACCGGAUCACCCAGCUGAAAAUUGCCAGCAACCCUUUUGCCAAGGGCUUUCGGGAAAGUGACCCAGACUCCUGGCCUAUAUCUCCACGGCCCCUGCUCAGCGUCCCGACCCGGAAUCGCAGCAGCCUCGGCCCCCACCUGCUGAAAGGCUCUACUGAGCGGGAGAAAGACCCCAACAAAGCCUUCACCUCCAGGAUCCCUGCCAGGCUCCACCAUCAGCUGCUGGCGCCUCCUGAGGCACUGCUGGCCCCAGCCACCUACCCGCCUCUCGCCUAUCAGGGCCUGUACAUUGGAGCCUCAAGCCCCGUCCGACCAAGGGCCCGACCAACACCAUACCCCCUGCCCAAUAUCCAGGCUGACAGGGACCAGGGGGGCCUGCCCCUCCCAGCGGGGCUGGGGCUCCUCUCCCCCACUGCAAUGUGCCUGGGGCCUGGCCAGGACCCACAGUGA